CAGUGUCUAUAUUAGCUUAGCGAUAUAUUUAUAUUCCUAAUUACAAACGUUGUGUCGGCCGCAUCGCAUUGCCGAAUCAAAAGUUUUAGUUUCCCAUCGACGGGCGGAUCUUUUAGUCGCUAACAUUACAACGAACUAACGGUGCUUACGUGCCACACGACGCACAUACCGUAAUGCCCGAACACACACACAACUUACCGCCUUCACCUUGAAGUGUCUGUCGAAGUGUCGGAAUUGCUUCCUAUUUAUUUGCCAUUAUUUUAACGGAACUUCUUGCACUGGGAGAGUGGUGUCAAGUCCAGGCGAUCGGCACACACACAUCACGUGUUUGACUCUGGCAACAAUUUUGUGGCCAACGAUCACGCGCGAGAAUUUCUCGCUCUCUCUCCUUCUGCUCCCACCCACUCCGACUAUCGCUCUCGUUUGUGGUCACGAUGUUCUCACUACAGCAACUGGUCAGAGCGGCGGCAGCGACAUCGAACGGUGGCAGCGAUCUCAGCCGGCUGCUGCGCCACAUGAGUGGCGCUACAACUACACUGUGCACACCGACAGCUACGAAGCACUCUAGUCAGACGAAGUUGGGCGACAACGGCAGUCACGGUUCGCCCUCGCACACGGACGGUCGCAGUCACAGCGAAUCAGAGUCAGAUUUGGAGUCGGCGCGUGGAGUAAAUAUUUCAGCACAGCAGUUCGCCAGGAGGAUACUGCAGCAGCGCAGCCAGGACAUCCAGCGCCACAUCCACACCCAUACACAGGCAGACAAGGGACCGACUAGAGCCAAGUCCUCGCAACAACAACAGCAGCAGCAGACCGCCACAAAGUUUGCCAUGUCGUCGCUAGCGGCAGAACCCCUGCAAUCCCAGAAACAGGAUGAAAUCUCGGCCAGCACGGGCACCGGUGUAGAGUCGCAUAAAACAGCCUCUUGCCAUGAUGUGGGAUCCGCGUCGGCCAGCGCCGGCAAAAAGCCCUGCUUCAGCACGGGUCUCGGCGAGAUUCUCCAGUUCAUGGAGCUUAUUGGCAACCUAAAGCACACAAAACGCACCGGAUGGGUGCUGCGUGACGUCAACGACUGCGAAUCGAUUUCGGGACACAUGUACAGGAUGAGCAUGCUUACCUUCCUGCUGGAUGGCAGCGAGGGUCUCAAUCAGAUCCGCUGCAUGGAGCUGGCAUUGGUGCACGAUUUGGCGGAGAGUUUGGUGGGUGAUAUUACCCCCUUUUGUGGCGUUUCCAAGGACGAAAAGCGGGCCAUGGAGUUUAAGGCGAUGGAGGAUAUAUGCAAGUUGAUCGAGCCACGUGGCAAGCGCAUUAUGGAACUGUUUGAGGAAUACGAACAUGGACAGACGGCCGAGAGCAAGUUCGUGAAGGAUCUGGAUCGUCUGGACAUGGUGAUGCAGGCGUUCGAGUACGAGAAGCGGGACAAUUGCCUUCUGAAGCACCAGGAGUUCUUUGACUCCACGGAGGGCAAAUUCAACCAUCCGUUUGUAAAGAAGCUGGUCAAUGAGAUCUACGAGCAGAGGGAUGUAUUGGCCAAGGCCAAGGGUGCCACACCUCCGCCGGCCAUUGAGGUGCCCAACAUGGAGAGGCCCUCAAAACUGGCCAACGGGCAUGACAGCUCAAGUUGAGCGUUAUUCUAAGAACCAGUCUUAGGCUAGCACAUAAACACAUCCUCACAUAUAAACUACCACGCUCUUAACUUGUAAGCCAAUCCAACUAACAAACUGUUAAGCCUACCUCGACACGCUCAUAGCUAGAUCUAACUCUUAACACACUAAUUUAUUGCGAAAGAAUCCGAAAAGAUGGAUCUGAUGGGGAGUAGCUAUCAAUUAUUCUGAACAAACACCUGUUGAACUCGUCUCCUUAGUUCAAUUCCCUUUAAGUUAAGCGUAAAGUUGCGGAUCGAGUUUUAUCUAAAUAUUCAAUUGAUCUGGCUAAGAAACACAAUUGUACAUAACUAAAAUGAAUUGUAGUUUAUUUUAAAAGUGAUGACCUAGACGAGGCGAAUUAUUGUAAAUGUUGUCCUAGAGCAAUUUUAUUCAAACAGCCGAACUUAUAAAUCAAAAUGUAAGACCAGAAGAAAAAUCAAAAGGCUUGGUAUUUUCUAAUAACUUGGUCGCACCUGCAAUACUUUUAACCUUGAACCGAACAAUUGUAACCAAAAUUAUACUUAGUUUAAAUUUGUGAAUUAGGCAAUAUAUAAAUACAGACACGCUGCAGACGUGGCUGAGAACAAAG